AUGAACAAUCAAGGGUGGGACAAGUUUGCCCAGGAUUUGCAAAAAAGAGCUCAGCAGAUCGCCAAAAGCCAGGGUGGCCGCAAGCCGCCUGGAUCUCCGUUGGGUAUCUUUGCUGGCCUGGGAGGAUUGCUUCUGCUGGGAGGUGGUGCACUGUUAUUUGACAAUGCUCUGUACAACGUGAACGGUGGUGAAAGAGCGGUGCUCUACGACAGAUUGAGCGGUGUUCGUCCUGAAGUUGUGGGCGAGGGUACCCACAUCAAGAUUCCCUUCCUCCAAUUCCCAACAAUUUACGAGAUUCGUGCCAAGCCAAGAAGCAUUGCCUCGCUGACCGGUACAAAGGACUUGCAGAUGGUGAACAUCACGUGCAGGGUGCUUUCGAGACCGGAGGUGAGCGCAUUGCCUACCAUUCACCGCACGUUGGGCCAGGACUACGACGAGAGGGUUCUUCCCUCGAUUGUGAACGAGGUUCUGAAGGCGGUGGUGGCACAGUUUAAUGCUGCACAACUCAUUACACAGAGAGAGAAGGUGUCGAGACUUGUUCGUGAGAACCUGAUGAGAAGGGCGGCCAACUUCAACAUCCUGUUGGACGACGUUUCUCUCACGGCCAUGACGUUCUCGCCGGAGUUCUCGACUGCGGUCGAGGCCAAGCAGAUUGCCCAGCAGGACGCCCAGAGAGCGGCCUUCAUUGUGGACAAGGCCAUCCAGGAGAAACAGAGUCUGGUGGUGAAGUCGCAGGGUGACGCAAAGUCGGCGCAGCUCAUUGGUGACGCCAUCAAGAAGUCCAAGGACUAUGUCGAGCUCAAGAGACUGGACACGGCCAAGGAGAUUGCCAACAUCCUGGCCAGAUCUCCAAACAAGGUCAUUUUGGAUAACGAGGCGCUGUUGUUGAACACUGUGACCGACUCUAGAGUUACCAAGAAGUAA